AUGACGAGGACAACGACGGCAGGGACGACGGGGAUCGUGCCUAUCCUGCCUAUCAUCGUGCUCCUUGCUCUUGGCGGAACCUCGGUCUACGCCGGCUCGGCUUUCAGGGGCAGGGGCGUUCAGAAUGAGGAAAACCUCGAACUCCUCGCCGACGCUGAAACGAUCAACAUCAAUUGGCGCAGCCUCCAAGUCCUUGCUGAAGACACGUGCCACGUGGAAGGAGUAGAGGGCGUGUCCGGCGAUGGCGUGUACUGCUGUCCCCUCGGCUGCGGGCAGUGCGGAGGAAUCGGGUGCGGUAGCCGCGACGAGUCCCUCAUCUUCCGUGACCCCAGGAGGGAGCUUCCGGCCGGCGCCGGCACUUCGUCGUACUGCUGCCUGAGCGCGUUCGAUAGCAGUACGGCGGUGUGCGGCGAUCUGGGUGUCGAGCCCCCCUGCCUUAUCCCCGAAGGUGGGAAUACGUGA